UACUGUUUCUUCUCAUUCUCGAAUCCUCACUGUCCUUGAUUGGUCUUGCUUGCCAGAUAUUUGUAACUCACACCACCAAUAUUAUAGGUUCUCAGCUAUAGCUUCGGGAAAUGUCACUCCCCUGCCUGAGGACUGCAUCCUAUUCCAUUGCCUCCGCCACUAAACGUCAAUGCUCUAAUCCUCCUCAUCUUCGCCCAGGUCCAGCUCUGACAUUGACUGACAUACACACGUUCCACACUCAUUCGCGCUCGUCCCCACCUCCACCAAGACAUAUCUUCUCAAAAACACAAACUACUUUCUUCUCAACCAAAUCCCGCGAUCUCGCGUCCGCCCGCGAACCAAACUACUACGAGGUCCUCGACGUCCCAAUAACCGCCUCCCAGGGCGAAAUCAAAAAGAAAUUCUACACCCUUUCUAUGCGCCACCAUCCCGACCGCAACCGUGAUGACCCCACCGCCUCCUCCCGCUUCGCCCGCAUCUCCUCCGCCUACAACGUCCUCAGCCACCCGAACAAACGCGCCGCCUAUGACCGCGACCAUGGCAUCUACGCUCAGUACCAGAACACCCAUUCCACCGCAACCGCCGGCCAGCACCCCAUGGGCAGCUACAGCAGUCACGGCGCGAACCUCCACACGAAGGGGGCAUCCUACGCCGGCUCCCGACCCGCCAGUGGGUUGAGUAACCGCCGUGGGACGUUUAGAGGCCCGCCGCCGAGUUUCUACGCAAAUGGCGGGUAUGGGCGCACGGGGAGGACGAACCCGGGGCCGGGGUCUGCUAAGAGUGGAGGUGGUGGUAGUGCUGCUGGCCAGAACACCAACCCGAAAAGUGACGACGAUCCGACUUCUUUUAUCGAUAGGAACACGGUUCAUCAUUUCAAUGCGCGGGGCCACUACAAAACUCAGACCGCCGAGGAUAUGCGACGGAAAGAGCGGAAAGAGCGAGCCACGCACGCUGCCCUGAAUAAUCAGUACCUUGGGAGCCCCUGGGCGGCCGCCAUGCGAUUUGCCGCCGUGUGUGGGAUCUUGGCUGGGGCGGCAACAGUGGCGGGAUUUGUUCAAUGGCCGGGUGAAAAAGCGAGAAAACAAAAGGAUCAGUUGAUUUCAUGAACACUUGUGUCUUUACAGGUUGGUCCUGGUAUCUGUUUUUGAGUACGUGACCCUGUUGAGCUCGGUUGGCAUUGGAAGGGUUCGGCCAGAUAGAUUGACAUGGUCUCGGAGUUCGGCGGUUACAGUAUCUAUGUUGGGAUGGGUACCAUUCAGCAGGCUGGAUUAAAUGAUAUCUUGAAGCAUGUACAUUAAUGAACAAAGGG